CGCAGAACGAUCGUAAUCGUCCGAAAAUAACGCAUUUCCAACAUCGCAUCGUUACGCAGAAGUGAGAGGGGGGAUCGGUCGUGUGCUCAGCCAAGCGAUGCAGGUUACAGCUCCGUCGGUUGUCUGUGUUUUUCACUCGGCGCGGUGUGUUUAACGACAAAUAGCGGACGAGAAGCGGCAAAACGUGCAUAGAAACCGAUGUGUAUCCAGCGCAUCCGUCGUCGUUAGGCAUACAUCAAGGUGGUCACGUCCCUUCUUCUUCCCCGAGUGCACACCGGCGAAAAAGAAUAAAUAAAGCAGCCGGUCGUUCUCCCUCUGCGCGUGCACGGGGCGUGGGAAGGACCGAGAUUAAAUCUUGCCGACUGUCUUACCAAUUAGACGCGAAGCGGUAAGUAGUUGAACCAACCGCCCGGCUCUGUGUGUACACAAAUUAUAACCCCGCAUCAACACCGCGUGUCCAAAGAGGAUAAGAAAAGUAAAAGGAUAUCCCGUACGGUCUGUCUAAUACCAACCAGCCAUCUACGUGGGUGAAAUUCUGAAAAUGUAAACUCCUCAGAGAAUAUAAUAAAACUCGAUACUCGGUGUUUGCGCGUUGGAUGGUGAGAGGUGUGUGAUUGAAAGAAAGAACGCGAGAGAGAGAGAGAGACAAAGUGCCUGCAUCGAUCGAGCCUCGUUAAAGAUGCGGAAAACGUCGUCGUCCCACGUGCUAAUCGCGGUCUGCAUCACCGUCUCAGCCUGGACAUGGGCCUUGGCCGAAGAAAGCACGGACACCGUGCUGAUGGACUAUUGUUCGGUGAACAACUUUGAGGGACUCCCGGUGGGACUUGGAUUCACGAAGGAAGUCGUGCACGUCGAAUACGCGAACCUCGGAGCCUUCAAAGCUAUACACUGCUGCCUGAGAGGGUACAGGAGCAUAGAAUGGUACAAAGGCAACAUACCUUAUCCCUGGAAAGGUGACGAUAGUCACUUCAUCCUCUACCCGGAGAGCAAGAACCAGACCAUAUACACCAAGAAUGUUCGACAAUCGGAUGCGGGAAGUUAUUCCUGCCUCGCAAGGAACGACACUACCACCCUUAAUGAGGAAGUCGUUCUCAAAGUCAUAGACGAGGACACCGCCUACACCGGGGAACCAUUGCUUACUUAUAAACCCAGGACUCAGUUCGCACCGCUCGGCGUUCCUGCACGGCUAUUUUGUGAGGCCUAUGUUGGACGUACCCGUCUUCCCGACGUCAGGAACUCCGUCCUGUGGUCCCGGAGCACCACCAACGUGACGGUACCGACCCACGGGAGAAUUUACCAGCACAAAAUUACCAGAGAAAAUAACCAAAUCGUUGGAUCGUAUCUGGUGAUGAAGGAUGUUAGACGUGAAGACUAUGGGGAGUACAAAUGCGAAGUUAGCAACAGUAUCGACCAGCUUAUAGUCAUUACGGCUUCCGUAUCACCGGAAGAAGUGCCAAUACGCGGGAUGCAGGAUGGAUCUUGGCGCAAAGUUUUGCUCCUUGUUGCUCUGGUUGUGAUCUGCACUCUUUCGCUGGGAGCUUUCUACAUUCGUUGCUGGUUACCGUUUGCCCUGUUUUUCCGCGAUCGGUUCUCAACGCUCGAAGAAAAUGAUGGCAAGGAAUGCGACGCGCUUGUCUGUUAUCACGAAAAGGACGCGAGCCUGGCCAUCGGGGUAAUAAUACCGACCUUAGAGUCAAGAUAUUGUUACAAAUGCGCGUCUCUGGAGCUUUCGCAAAUUAGCCGGAAUUGGUCCCUCGAGAUCGGCCCCAAAAGUAAGAUAGCGAGGCGAGUGAUCGUCGUCGUGAGUCCCGACGCGGUGCAGGGAAGCAUCUGGAACGACGCGACCCUACGAACUGUCUUCUGCCAGUUGGCUUCAUUGCACAUGCCAUUGAACCGAGUAAUCGUCGUUGCGCUGAAGGAGCUGCCGAAUUUGCUAACGGUCCCGAAACCCGCGUCGUCACGUCACGUGUACGAGGAAGGGGCUGGCAUCGGACGGGUGAAAUGCUUGAGAUGGUGCAGCAAGGACGGAACGGCGGGCUUUGACAAGUUCUGGUGCAGGUUACGCCUCUGUCUGCCACCCGUUCGCCCUGGCGUUCGAAAGACUCAGCAAUCCGUUGCGCUGAUCGUCCAAGCGAAGAGCGGUACCGAGACCACUGCCAGGUCUCGUGAGAGCCUCGAGGUGCUCGUAUGAUACGUCAGGGCGUUGUGCUGACAUCGGGGAAAUUAUGGCAGGGCUGAAUUGGUGAUUUCACGGAUCGCUGGGAAGGAUCACAACAAGGAUACGAAGUGAAUCGACUUGAUUCGGAACGCUUACGCCGAGGCUGUAGCGCUAUCAUAAUUUUUGAUACUGCUAUUAUAUGUAGUAAUUAUUCCUUCAUCGGACUGCUUAUAAUUUAUGUGGCGUAACAGG